AUGCGUCUGCUUGUUCUCUCAACUCUUUCGGGUGCAGUGGUGCUGCUGUUGCUAUCUCUGUUCAGGUUUGUGAUCAAGUUUCGCAGUUACAGAGCAUUUUACAAAGAUGUGCCAUGCCCACCACACGAUCCGAUAUGGGGCCAUCUGAAGCUGCUCGGCGACCUCCUGGCGGAGCUUCCGCCGAACUUCCACUACCAGUCUCUCAUGGAAUACAUUGGGCGAAAGUACAACAUGCCUCCAGUCUAUCAGCUUGAUCUCUGGCCAGCUGCGCACCCAAUGAUACUCUGUUCCGAUCCGGCAGCUAUUGCACACAUGACACAGACCCAUAGCUUCCCCAAACAUCCGGCAAUCGAUAGCUUUGUUUCGCCUCUUACAGGAAAGCCUACCAUGGUGGCGGUCGAUGGACCGGAGUACAAGAAAAUCCGAUCUAUCGUCAUGCCGAGUUUUGCGCCGUCGCACGUUGCAAGCCUCACGCCGGUAAUGUCACGGCAUGUCGCGCGUUUCAUUGAGAAAUUGGAAGCAUUCGCGGACACUGGAGAGACCUUCAAGUUGCAAGAUCACGCGAUGUCGCUCACGCUGGAUGUUAUAUGCGAGGUUGUCAUGGGUAUCGACACUGACUCUCAGCGGCAGUAUAAUGCCCUAGCGUACCACUUUGGGCAGGCUGCCAAAAACACCCCAAUCUCAGGCCUGAACCUAGGAGUGCUCAAGAUGUUCAUUCCUCGUUGGUGGCAUGCAUCUCGACAGACCAGUAUCGUAACCAAGAUCAUCCGAGAUCGCCAUGCACAAAGUGCAGGAACGAAGUCACAACGCACCAAGGUUGCAAUCGACCUCUUCAUACAGGCGUAUAACGAGCAGCAGUCUGGCGCAACCGAUCAGACCAGACUCGACCCGUCGUUUUCGAAUCUCGCGGUGGUCAACAUCAAGACGUUGCUCAUGGGCGGCCACGAUACCACAUCUGCGACGAUUGCCUACAUGUUGGCUCUGCUCUCAACUCAUCCAGCUGUCACCGCCAAAUUGCGUGCCGAACACGAGCGUGUCUUCUCCGGCGAUCCCACCACCACUUUCGCUACCAUCGCCGCUCAGAUUGAUGCGAAGCCCGCCUUGCUCUCCGACUCUUCUCUCCCAUAUACCGCCGCCUGCAUCAAAGAGACCCUUCGAGUCUUCACGCCCGGCAAUUCCAACCGGCUGAAUCCCGCAGAUCCGUCUGAAGGAAUCACUUACAACGGCAAUGAACAUAUUCGCACGCUUCCAGGUGCGCAAUUGUGGUUGUUGCUGCCACGUCUGCAUCGAGAUCCGGCAGUGUUCCCACGUCCGCACUCAUUCAUUCCAGAACGUCACUUGCCCUCUUCUCCAUUUGGACCAAUCCCCAAAGACGCUUUCCGGCCCUUCGAAAAGGGCCCCAGAGCCUGUGUGGGCUCAGAGAUCGCAAUGAUGGAGAUGAAGCUGGUGCUGAUUGGGCUUGUAUGCAGUGGUCUGAUUGGGGAUGUGAGGUAUCCAGACCCGACGCCAUUGGCACCGGAAGGCAGCGGCUUGGGAGGCGUAGAUAGUGGCGUGGAUGCAGAGGGAAAUGUGUACGAGGAAAGGAGGUGGUGGUCGGUCAUGGAAUUUGCGGCAAAGCCGAAUCAGGGCCUGCCUUUUGGCGUGCUGCGACCGCAAAGUGCCACGAAGAAGUAG